UGCGCUGGAUGCUGGAGCAGAGGGGCCGUGGUCGGGCGGGGCCGGGCUGCGGGGCGGCUCCUGCCUGUGGCUGCUCCGGUUGCGGGGCCAGCGUUUCCUUGGGGCAAAACACGCCUGGUUUGUGUCGGCUAAUGCCAUGGGACGCCUUCUGCCAUGGGGGCUGCAGUGCCCUGUGGCUUCAGAGAGUAGGUCCCUGAGAUGUCACUGAGAGCUGAGAGCCAUGCAGCUACAUCGACGCUGAAGAAGAUUGCUGCAGACAUGAGCAACAUCAUCGAGAGCCUGGACACCAGGGAGCUCCACUUUGAGGGGGAGGAGGUUGACUCAGAGGUGCUAAAUGACCCCAAAGGCACAGGGUGCAUUCCAUUCUCUGCCAUCUAUCACACCCAUGGGUUCAAGGAGCCAGGGGCGCAGACGUACCUCGCGGGAUGUCCUGUCCGAGUGCGCGUGCUGGAAGUCGAACGCUUUACUUCCACGAAGAAGGUACCAAGCCCCAAUGUUUACACCAUCGAGCUGACUCAUGGAGAGUUCACCUGGCAGGUGAAAAGGAAGUUCAAGCACUUCCAGGAAUUUCACAGGGAGCUGCUGAGGUACAAAGCCUUCGUGCGCAUCCCUAUCCCUACCAGGAGUCACACUGUGAGAAGACAAUCCAUCAAAAGGGGAGAACCCAGGCAGAUGCCGAGCCUGCCGCACACUGCGGAGAGCACGGUGCGAGAGGAGCACUUCUCCAGCAGGAGGAAACAGCUGGAAGACUACUUAACAAAGAUCCUAAAGAUGCCAAUGUACAGGAACUACCAUGGAACAAUGGAGUUCAUUGGGGUAAACCAGCUGUCAUUCAUCCACGACCUGGGACCAAAGGGCAUAGAAGGAUUCAUCAUGAAGCGCUCCGGGGGCCACCGCAUACCUGGCCUGAACUGCUGUGGCCAAGGAAGGAUGUGCUACAGAUGGUCCAAAAGGUGGCUGGUGGUGAAGGACUCUUUCCUGCUGUACAUGAAGCCAGACUCAGGGGCCAUUAGUUUUGUCCUGCUGGUGGAUAAGGAAUUCAACAUUAAGAUAGGCCAGAAGGAAACAGAAACAAAAUACGGGUUGCAGAUCGACAAUCUCUGUAGGUCGCUGAUUUUGAAGUGUAACAGCUACAGACAUGCCCAGUGGUGGAGGCAGGGCAUAGAUGAGUUCAUUCGGAAACACGGCAAGGACUUCCUCACCGAGCACCGCUUCGGCUCCUACGCCGCCGUGCGGGAGAACACGCUGGCCAAGUGGUAUGUAAACGCCAAGUGGUACUUCGAAGAUGUUGCAAAUGCCAUGGAAGCAGCUAAGGAAGAAAUCUUCAUCACAGAUUGGUGGCUGAGCCCAGAAAUCUUCAUGAAACGACCUGUUGUGGAAGGCAAUCGCUGGCGGCUGGACUGCAUCCUCAAGCGGAAAGCACAACAAGGAGUGAGAAUUUUUGUUAUGCUGUACAAAGAGGUGGAGCUUGCCCUAGGGAUCAACAGUGAAUAUAGCAAGAGGACACUCAUGCGUCUCCAUCCAAACAUCAAGGUGAUGAGACACCCAGACCAUGUGUCCUCCUCUGUGUACCUCUGGGCCCACCAUGAGAAGCUUGUCAUCAUUGACCAGUCUGUGGCAUUUGUGGGUGGCAUUGACUUGGCGUACGGCCGGUGGGAUGACGAUGAGCACCGCCUGACCGACGUGGGCAGUGUGAAGCGGAUGACAGCGGUGAAGUCAGUGUCCACAAGCAACCUGGCAUCAGCAGCAGAAUCGUCUGAACGUGUCCCACUGCAGCCACCAGCCCUGUCCCCGGAAAGCCACUUGCUCCCAAGAAAUGCUGAUGAUGCCCCAGACAGCUCCAAAAUGAAAGGAGUAGGAAAACCCAAGAAGUUUUCAAGGUUCAGUAUUUACAAGCAUCUCCACAGGCAUGGCAUGCACCACGCUGACAGUGUCAGCAGCAUAGACAGUGACUCAAGUUACUGUAACCCCACUAGAAGUCAACCGAAUAUAAUCCAGAGUUUAAAGCCCCACCUGAAAAUGUUCCAUCACCACACUGAAUCCAAACAGGGGCUUGCUGAGCCUCGGGAGGAUAAGGGAUCCAUCCGCAGCUUGAAGACAGGCGUUGGCGAGCUGUAUGGGGAAACCAGGUUCUGGCAUGGCAAAGACUAUUGCAACUUUGUCUUCAAAGACUGGGUUCAGCUUGACAAACCUUUUGCUGACUUCAUUGACAGAUACACCAUGCCAAGGAUGCCCUGGCACGACAUCUCCUCCGUGGUGCACGGCAGAGCGGCACGCGACGUCGCCCGGCACUUCAUCCAGCGCUGGAACUUCACCAAGAUAAUGAAGCCCAAAUACCGAUCCCUGUCCUACCCAUUCCUCUUGCCAAAAUCUCAACAGACUGCCAACGAGUUGAAGUAUCAGGUGCCUGAGGCUGUCCAUGCCACUGUCCAGGUGAUCCGUUCUGCUGCUGACUGGUCGGCUGGCAUUAAGCACCACGAGGAGUCCAUCCACAACGCCUACGUCAGUGUGAUAGAGAACAGCAAGCACUACAUCUACAUAGAAAACCAGUUUUUUAUUAGCUGCGCUGAUGACAAAGUCGUCUGGAACAAGAUCGGCGAUGCAAUUGCUCAGAGGAUUCUUAAAGCUCACAGGGAGAACAAGCGGUUCCGAGUGUACGUGGUGAUCCCGCUGCUGCCUGGCUUCGAAGGAGACAUUUCGACGGGCGGUGGGAACGCACUGCAGGCCAUCAUGCACUUCAACUACAGGACCAUGUGCCGAGGAGAAAACUCAAUCUUGGGCCAGCUAAAGAAUGAGGUUGGAGAUAAGUGGAUAAACUACAUCUCAUUCUGUGGACUUCGAACAUAUGCAGAGUUGGAAGGAAAACUAGUCACAGAGCUCAUCUAUGUGCACAGCAAACUGCUUAUUGCUGAUGACAACACAGUUAUCAUCGGCUCUGCCAACAUCAACGACCGCAGCAUGCUGGGGAAGAGGGACAGCGAGAUCGCCGUCAUUGUGCAGGACACCGAGACCGUGCGCUCCCUGAUGGACGGCGAGGAGUACAGCGCCGGGAAGUUUGCCCUGUCCCUCCGGCUGCGCUGCUUCAGGGUUGUCCUUGGUGGGCCUGAUCUCAAUCCAGAACACCAGGACCCUGUCUGUGACAAAUUCUUCAAGGAGGUGUGGAUUUCCACAGCAGCUCGCAAUGCCACCAUCUUUGACAAGGUGUUUCGCUGCCUUCCCAGUGACCAGGUGAAUAACUUAACCCAGCUGAGAGAUUUCAUCAACAAGCCCAAGCUCGCAAACGAUGAUCCUGCGAAAGCAGCAGAGGAACUGAAAAAGAUUCGUGGCUUUUUAGUACAAUUCCCCUUUCGUUUCCUGGAGGAGGAGUACUUGCUUCCCUCCGUUGGAACAAAGGAGUCCAUGGUACCCAUGGAGGUUUGGACUUAAGAAGGUGCAAACUGCUAUAUGUUUUAAAGUCUACUUCCCCAGAGACAAGCUGACGAACCAUAUGGGAUUGCAGGACGUUUCUUAUUGCUGAGGGAGGUGAAGGAGGUCUCCACCAAGCUACUGUGCCUUUCCCAGGGGUCUUGGUGAAGGACCUUGAAGCAAAACAACACUGGCAAAGGAAAGGAGCAGAAAGACUUGGAAAUUUUGGCAAAUGGGAAGUUUAAUCUCUCGGGGAGUUACUUCUUGAGACACGUUCUGAGCACCUAAAGGAUGCAGACCACUUUCCAGGACAGGAACAAACACCAGUUGAUGUUGUUACUACUGCCAGCUGUACGUUGUGGCUGCAUACGUACUGUGACCCUGCUGUGGCUGCUCAGGAGUCGUGGGCUGCAUGUGCUUCUAAGGCUUUCAGGUAUCCAUGUCUUGGUUUGCCCAAGUCCUCCCAUCUCAGCUCAUUGUACACCAUUAGAGCUCUGGCGCUGCCAGGAAGUGCUGCUUGGUGCUGCCUUGAGUAGUCCUACAGCUUGCCAAGUGCAGGUGUUUCACUUCUUGAAGGGAAGAUGACUAACAAUCUUGUAUCAGAAUCAACAUUUCAGUUGCUUCUGCCCUCUGGGGAGGGGGAAACCCCUGUUUCUACCCCAGCUAGAGCAAUCAGCAGUCCUCAUGCAGCAUGGUGAUGCCAAAGUCUUGGCAAAGGGCAACCUCAAUGGAGCUGGAGGUGCUGGAAAUCACAAGAGUUUGUUGGCCUUUGGAGACACACAAGGACAAACCUGAAAUGCAGCAUAGGCCAAACCAAGCUCUGUCUUCUAGGUCCUCUGUUCAUGCAUUUCCACUGCAGUUACUAGGCACUUUGCUUUCCAUCUCUUUCCUCCCUAUUUAAAAGGGAGCUGAUGCCAUUCUCAAACUGAGCUGAUGUAUUGCUUUGUAGGUGGGGUGAA